AAUCGCUCCGAAGAGAUUGAAGAAGAGGAGAUGCGAGGCGAUGCCAAGUGAGCGUUUAACGCAACUUUGAUGAAGAGAGGAGCGCGGAGCGGUGAGCUACACUGGGACUGUCCUCCUUAUUUAAACUGGCACCGUGCAUCACAUCACGGACAGGCAUCACCGCAUCUCCAUCAUUUGAGCUUAAAAGAGAAGAGAUCUGUUCUAUUAAAGUCUUGCAAAGGAGUCAAAGGAUCGUGCUAAUAAGGUUGUGUCUGUGUGAUCGCUGACCAGCCAUGAUCCUGAACACCUCUGACCUGGGCUGGGAUGAGUCUUCUGGUAUGGACCCCUUCUUCCCUCUGGACCAGGUGGAUAACUCCUCUCCAUAUGAAGUCCCGCCCCUCACAGUGUGGGGCGUGGCCCUGUGUGUUUCAGGAACUCUCAUCGCCACUGAAAAUGCAAUAGUUGUCACCACCAUCUUGGCCACCCCCUCUCUGCGCGCCCCUGUUUUCCUGCUGCUCGCCAGCCUCGGAUUGGCAGAUCUCCUGGCAGGCGUGGCUUUGAUCUUGCACUUCCUCUUCCUGUUCUGCGUGGAGCCCAGUGAUUGGUCGGAAUUAGUGACUUCAGGACUGCUAGUGACAUCACUGACUGCCUCCCUCUGUAGCCUGAUGGGUGUUGCCUUGGACCGAUACCUGUCCUUAAGCCAUGCCCUCACCUAUGGCUCCGGCCAAUCCCGUCGCCGCGCCGCUGUCCUCCUGCUGCUGGUCUGGGUGGGUGCAUGUGUCAUCGGGGCAGGACCAGUAAUGGGAUGGCACUGUCUAGACAAGCCAAAUUCCUGUUCUGUAGCACGACCUCUGACUCGGACAUACCUAUCACUGCUGUGUGGUGGCUUCCUGGUGAUUGUCAUGGUGACCUUGCAAUUGUAUGCCGGGAUCUGUCGUGUGGCAAGGCGGCACGCCCACGCCAUUGCUACCCAGAGGCACUUCCUUCCCUCUAACCAAUCAUAUGCAAGCAAACACAGCAGUGGGAGGGGCUUCUCUCGGUUGAUCCUGGUCCUCAGUGUGUUUGUGGGCUGCUGGAUGCCUUUCUCCCUCUGGGGGCUGCUGGGUGAUGCAUCCAGCCCUCCUCUGUACACCUACGCCACCUUGGUGCCGGCGGCGGGCAGCUCCCUGCUGAACCCCAUACUCUACAGUCUGAGAAACAAAGACAUUCGCAAGGUUUUGCUCCAAGCCUGCUGCCCCCACAGAUGCGCACACAACACACACAUACACUACCCUGUUGACGUGUAGACUGCCAAACUUCGCCAAUCUAUGCCAGACAUAUCAGUUUGUAUGCCAAGAUACACACACAGCUGUAUUGACUGUCAUCCAAAUCAAGAACAUGAAGUCUCACAUACGCCCACACACACAUGAGCAGCACUUCCCUGAGAGACGAGGGCCCUUCUACAAAUCAGAAUGUACUGAACUGUUCUGGCUGGCAGCCAUCUUGGAACAGCUCUGCUGUCAUCACAAAGACUAAAUGUACUGUUUUGUGUAUACUUUGUGCCUCAUCCUGAGUCAAUUGUAGCUCCACUGGAUCCCCCAGAAUGAAACAAUCACAGAGACGCUAUAUAUGUACCCACUCAUCAAAAGUGGAUUUAAUGACGACCGGCACUUUAAGACAAGAGGAAGGAAUGGGUUUUUAAUUGUAAGCCAAUCACAGUGUAAUGACAUACAGUACCAGUCAAAAGUUUGGACACACUUUCACAUUGAAGUGAAUGGGAAGGUGCAUGCAAGUUUUGACUGGUACUGUAUUUGAUCCAAAGCCCAAUUUUAUUUACUUGAAUGUCUAGAAUACACAAUGUUCUCGAUCUUUGAGAUUCUAUUUUGCACUUGAAAGGUACUGACCAUAUGUUCGUGUUGCACAACCUUUUUGAAAUGAAUGAAUAUUUUAUACCGAUGAAUA